AUGUACACGCUACGACAAGAGGCACAAGAGAUAGAGAGCUCACUUAUUUCUAUCCGACGAAAACUGCAUGCCAAUGCAGAGAUAGCCUUCAAUGAGGUCCAAACAGCCAAGUUCAUUGCCGAAACAUUGAAAUCACUACCAGGCUUUCAGGUUUACGAGAACAUUGGCAAGACAGGAGUUGUGGGAAUACUUCGUGGAAAGAAUGAUCGGCCUUGUAUUGCCUUACGCGCUGACAUGGAUGCACUCCCACUAACAGAGGCCAUAACUGAUAUCAAUGCUGCCUUUGUAAGUCAUAAUGCUGGUGCGAUGCAUGCUUGUGGCCACGACGGGCACGUCUCCAUGCUCUUGAACUUUGCGAAAAUCAUCGCUCCGCGAGCUCAUGAACUUUACGGAUCUCUAAAAUUCGUCUUUCAACCAGCCGAAGAAAACGGUGCUGGAGCUGAAGCCAUGUUGAAGGACAAUGUGCUGACUAUUGGUGAUCUGGAUAUCGACGCGUUUUACGGCAUUCAUUUGUGGAGUGGACUCAAAGUUGGCGAAUGUAUAUCGAUGCCAGGUCCAAUCAUGGCUGGUGGGGAUUUCUUCUAUUUGACAGUCAAUGGACACGGCAGUGCACCACAUCAAACAGUAGACUCGAUAGUUGUUGCAUCACAUUUAGUUACUGCUUUACAGACGGUCGUAUCACGCAAUAUUGAUCCACUGAAGGGAGCCGUGCUAUCUAUCGGAAAGAUUUCUGCCGGCACUGUCGCCAACGCAAUCGCAGCAUCUGCGACAUUAGAUGGAACGAUGCGGUUCUUUGAUCCCGCAAUCGGAAAGAUUUUGAAGACGAGACUUCACGAAGUUUGUGAAGGUGUUGCGAAAACCUUCAAAGCUACAAUUGAAAUCAAAUAUGUGGAUUUAUUUCCUCCAACAAUUAAUCACCCAGGACCUGCCAAUCUCGUAUACCAGUCACUUUCAAAGAUUGUAGGACCUUCGAAUAUCAAGGAUGAUAGAGUUAUGGGGUCCGAAGACUUUUCUCGCUUCUUGCAUGAACGACCUGGCAGUUUCUUCUUUGUCGGAUGCGCAUUGCCAGACGGGCUGGAUAGGCCACAUCAUUCACCGAUAUUCGCUGUUGAUGAAAGGAGCUUAAUGGUCGGAACAUCGGUGUGGCUGCAACUUGUAGAAGACCUCAUGGUAUCAGGGCAAGGUCGUAAUGUGACUGGCCAAAAGAAGCCAAAUCUGUAA